ACAGACCUCUAAAUCCUUAAUUAUGUAGGCCUACACUUACUCACGGCACGGGUUUCGUAUUGAAGCCUCUGCCAUGGUUUUAUGUUGUAAUUGACUUUUUCCUCAUUUGAAUACACUUUUGAUAUCUCUAAUUGACAAAAAAAAAGUAGCAUACCAGCUUUUAACCAAUAUGAUAAAACCGAAGUAAGGAACAUAUAUGAAAGAAAAGGGAGCCGGAGGAGAAAUAGGUAUCGAAGUGCGGAGGCGCAGGCGACGGAUGGACUGACGGACAAAACUACAAAGCCCGGCUUUUUGCGCUGCUGCGAAUUCCGUGGAGUUUCUGACAGGUUGGACCAAUUCGGCAAUUCCAGUUCUCGGUGUCGGUGGAAGAGGAGAGAGCAGAGAAAGAUACGGUUAAUGCUGGCUUGCUGCCACUGCUGAACCCUCUCCUCAAAUUUCUCCUUCCCCAUUUUAAUUUCCCAUUCAUCCCUAAUAUGAAUGAAUGAGAACUCAGCCACCAUCUUUGCUCUCCCUCGCCGUUGACGCUUCUGUCCUUCACCUCUCUCACUUCUCCGAUCUCUCUCCUCUCCCUGAUCACAUUCUGCUCGAUCUCUUCCUGGUACUUCCCCUUUUCUCCUUCUUCUUCCUUUCCUGCCCUGCCCUUCCCUAUUUGAUUUGAUGAUUUUGUUAUCUGGGUUUCGUUUCUGGCGCUUGAUUUGGUGAUCAAGGUCUGAAUCUUAUUGGUUUUAUCUGUUUCUUCCUUUAGAUUUCUGCCUUAGGGUUUGUAUGGAGUCAGCGGAUUGAUAGUGCAAUCGGUAAAAUAUAUAGGUUGAACAUUGUAACUAUGUGAUUUAGAUCAGUAAAACCUAGAGAUUGGACAUAUCCCCAUUUCGAUUAUUGGAAUAUCUUCCGCUGUAUGCUUUUCUUGAUCGCCCUUGAAAACCCGUUACAAUGCUGUGCCAAAUCAGGGGGGGUGUUUUGUCUGUGCUCUCUUGAUUGGUUUGCUAUGUGUCUUGAAAUGUAUUGUGAAUGCUGGACAUUUCUGAUUCUUGGUUUGCUUUAGGCUUUUCCUUUUGGUAUAUGCAGCUUCCCGUAGUUGAAUAUUUCUCUAGUCGACAUUCAAAGUAUAUGCCAACUUGUGUCUUUCUCUGGUAGAGCGAAGCCCUUUUAAACUGGACACAACUUCUGAAUUCAUAUAUCAUAAGUUCAGUACAGUUAUUCAUUCAUUAAACGGAGCUAAUUUAGGAUUUUUGAACAUUCUGUUCUGCUGUUAGCCUGUUACCUUUUCUGACCAACUGCAUCCUUUGGGUCUCUGAACUAUACUUCACAAUAACCCAAGUUGUUUCCUCUCUUGUGGGUGUAGCGCUUUUUAAAUUAUCUAUGGCUUCGGAUAUAGACUAGUUUAAUUGAAUCAAGCAUAUCUGUAGCAGCUGCCCUGGAGUUGUGAUACUUGCUUAGUUCUUCAAACAUUACUUGAAAAUGAACCUCAAUGCUUCUGAUGAUGGUUUUUGCCUUCUUGAUUCCAAGGGUUCUGAUGGUUUUAGUAGAAAAGCAUCGAUUGGUUCAUGAUGUAAUUUUUGGUGACACUCAGUUUGUUUUGUUUUGUUUUGUUUUGAGAAGAGAACCUUGAGAGCUGGGAAGCUGAAUGAGAAAAUUCUGAAGCUUUUCUUGGCAACAGGCAAAGAAGAAGUGCUUUCUCUUAUUCAGACACUCAAUAUACAACACAUCCUGACUCCCGUCCUUCCCACCAGUGAGUAUUGUUUCUGUUUCCUUAGAGGUAUUACUUGAUGAACCUUGACCAAGUUUUCUGAAUUAUUUAUUUUAUUUCGAUAGGAUGCUCAGAGAAAUUCUGAGACGAAUGCGCUAGAUUGCAUAUAUAAUCAGUUGUUCCUAGGAGGGGGUUAAAGGGGAAAAACGAUUUGAUUGUUCCUCGAGUCUCCGAAGAUGUCUGUAGUCAACAACAUUGAAGAUGGUGAGAUUGACAUUGUGAUUGGAGCAUUGCACUCCGAUCUCAGGCCAUUUAUGAGUGCGUGGAAGUCUAUAUUUUCUCGUUAUCACUUGAUUAUUGUCAAAGACCCUGAUCUCAAGGAUGAUUUACAAAUACCAGAAGGUCUUUCUUUCAAGAUUGACAUCUACACAAAGUCUCAUAUAGACAAAGUAGUAGGCAGUUCCACCUCCAUUGCUUUCUCAGGUUAUUCAUGCAAGUAUUUUGGCUUCCUUGUCUCUCGUAAGAAGUACAUUGUCUCAAUUGAUGAUGACUGCGUGCCGGUCAAAGAUGCCGACAGUUUUCUCAUAGAUCCAGUGGCUCAACAUCUGAGAAACCUUGCAACUCCAGCAACACCUUUCUUCUUCAAUACCCUCUAUGACCCUUAUCGUAAUGGGGCAGAUUUCGUUCGUGGGUAUCCAUUUAGCUUAAGAAGUGGGAUAACAUGUGCUUUGUCAUGCGGGCUCUGGCUUAACUUGGCAGACUUAGAUGCACCAACACAAGCACUGAAGCCAGAAAAGAGGAACUCCCGUUAUGUUGAUGCAGUGAUGACCGUUCCAGCCAGGGUAAUGAUGCCAAUCAGUGGGAUCAACAUUGCUUUUAACCGUGAGUUGGUAGGGCCGGCACUAUGCCCAGCUCUGAGGUUGACUGGGGAAGGGAAGGUGAGAUGGGAAACAAUGGAGGACAUAUGGAGUGGGAUGUGUGUGAAGGUGGUGUGCGACCAUCUUGGGCUUGGAGUGAAGAGUGGGCUUCCUUAUGUGUGGAGGAAUGAUAGAGGUGAUGCCAUUGAGAGCCUGAAGAAGGAGUGGGAAGGCGUGAAACUAAUGGAGGAAGUGGUUCCUUGGUUCCAAUCAAUGGUGUUGUCAAGAACUGCAACCAAGGCCGAGGAUUGUGUGGCUGAGAUGGCGAAAAGGGUGAAAGAGCAGUUGGGAGGUUCUGAUCCUGGGUUUGGUCGUGCGGCUGAAGCUAUGAUGGAUUGGGUGGAGUUGUGGAAGAAGGUUGGUUCUGGUCCUUCCCCAGUCUAGGAGGUAAGAAAGCUGAUAGUUUCAUAUUACAGCCUUUCCAGACAGUUUACGUGGAACUAGAUGAAGCUUAAUUAGGAAGGUAAAGUAGCUAUGGAUUCCUGAGGUGCGUUGUUCAAAGCAGCAGUGGGGUUACGCUUGUUGCUGGAUGAUGAGGUCUGGAAGGGUAUGGCAGUUUAAUCAGAUGCAGUUCCACCCCUUGCUCUAUAUGUUGGUCACUGAUCUAACUGUACACAUUUGAGUGUGCCUUGUACGCAAGUGUUCGUCUGUGAGCCGUUCAGUGUGUCAAAUUUACUUGGAAGAAAUACUGUGCCAUUGCUAAUGGACCGGCAACGUCCAAUGUUGUUGUUCUUGUUCAAUCCACAUUUGUUACAUGGAUAACAAUAAGAAACUUGUCAAAACACGUUGUUCUUUGUUGUUAUGUACAUGAAAUUGGAAGCCUAAGAAUGCAAGGCCUUGCUGAGAACAGCAAAUGUGAUAAUCGCUUAAUUUUUAUUACCUAGGAACAUCUCACAAACACACCACAUUUUGUGAUGGCGUAGCGAGACCAAAUCUAGAGUCACUGCUGCAAUUUUAUGUGUGUAGUAAAUCACUCAAAUUAGUGGGACUAGAUAGGAAUAUCAAAUGAUGUGUUUGGCAAUAAAAAAACAAAAUUCAU